UAGCAAUUAGAGGAAAAGAGGAGUUAUAUAUAGGGAUCCGAUGACGACUGAAUGGGUUAGUUGACGUAACUUUCGUCACCGAGAACAACAGUACAAUUCAACCAUGAAGCUGGUGAUCGCGAUUGCAGUGGCGGCAGUGCUCCUGAUUCAAUCCACCGUUUUCGGAGAGAAUCCUUGUGCCAAAGGACCCCCAGUGCAGAAGAAUCCUGCCGAAUGCUGCGAAACACCAAUGCUGUUGGAUAAAGAUAUCAUGAUGGAUUGCUACAAGAAAUACGGUGAACAAACCAAACGCCAGAUGAAAAUGGAAGGCAUUCCAAGAGGUUGUUGUAUUGCUGAGUGCGGCCUGAACGCUACCGGACUCUACUCCAAUGGUAUGAUUAAACGAGACGACAUGACGAAAAUGUUCCUGGACUCGGUCGAAGAUAAGCCCCAGUGGAAAACGUUGGUGCAGGAUACCCUGGACGAGUGCUUCAAAAUGGCCGAAUCCAUGAUGGACGAAAUCGAAGCUGGCGCCAAGUUGCAGCCCAGCUUCGAGGGUGAACAGAUUUGUCAUCCCAUCUCCGGAACGAUUCUGCGCUGCAUGGGCAUGAAUAUGUUCGUCAAGUGUCCCAGCGACGUAUACAAGGAAAGUGACGAAUGCAACCAACUGCGGGAGUAUUCCAAGAUGUGUCCAAUCAUUUAAUUUGGGCUUGUUGACCGUCCAUCAGGGAAUUAAGUGAAAUUCUCUACGUAGUAAUUAGACAAUAAAUGUUUUCCCUGUUGUUGCAUCA